ACAGCUGGCAAGGAAGAACAUUGCCUUUUUGCUGGGGUCACAGAAUCAGGGGACAGGAAGCAAGGAGACAACAACAGCAACAGAAGAAGAAGGAGACACUCCUCCUGCUCCUGCUGCUGCUGCUGCUCCUGCGCUGCAGACACGUAGAGUGUCUAGGCUGGUAGAGACAAAAGCAGCAGCAGCUGCUGCUGCAGCAGCUGCUGCUGCAGCUGCUGCUUCUCAAGAUGGCUUCUGCAGCAAACUAAGCGAAGAGGAGACAGCUGCUGCUGCUGCUGCUGCUGCUGCUGCUGCAUCUAAGACAAAAGGAGACAGCAAAAAGGAGACAGCAGAGGAGACACCUGAUAAACAAACAGAGAAACAAAUAAGACUUUCCUUACAGAGACUAAAGCUUAAGCACGCAGCAGAGCAGCAGCAGCAGCAGCAGCAGCAGGGGGAAGAGAGUAAUGACCCUCCAGAUCAGCAACAGCAACAGUCUCAGCCUCAACAGCAGCAGCAGCAGCGGCAUAAGCAGCAGCAGACAAAGCAGCAGCAGCAGCAGCAGCAGCAGCAGGAAGAAGGGAUGGAUACGAAUAAUAUCCUGCAGUCUUCUGUCUUAGUAGAGACAACAACAAUGCACUCGCGUAAGAAGUCUGGUGGUGGGGCCCGUAAGCUGCUGAAGCAGCAGCAGCAGCAGCAGCAGCAGCAGCAGGAAGGUAGCUUGCAGCAGCAGCAGCAGCAGCGGCAUAAUAGACGUUCAGGAUCUCCCCGUCAGUUGAAGUCCUCCUCCUCCUCUUCCUCGUCUUCUUCCUCCUCCUCUUCUUCCUCAUCAGCAGCACAGCAGCAGCAGCAACAGCAACAGCAGCAGCAGCAGCAGCACGACAGCGCAGGAGGAGGAGGAGGAGGAGCUCGUGUCCUUCGUGGUGUACGUCUGUCUCGUGAGGGUAUCGAGACAGCAACCUCGAGUGUAUCCGCAGCACAGACCCCUAAUGGUACAAAGGGGGGCCCUAUACACCAUAAGGGAGGAGGAGGAGGAGGAGGGGGAGGGGCAGGGGCAUUAGAUGCAGUAGCUGCAGCAGCAGCUGCUGCUGCUGCUGCUUCGUUAGAUAAUAGUAUACAACAUCAAGGAAAUACACCUCCGUGGUGUAUAGGCACCUCCCCCUCUAUUGGGGAUACAGUGUCUGCAGAAGAAGGUACUAGUACGUGGGCCCUGGGGCCCCCCCUGCAGCUGCCUCCAUGCGGGCCUCCAUGCACAAGUUGGGGGCCCCUAGGGUCUAGUGCUGCUGCUGUACAGGGUAGACUGCAGCAGCAGCUUACUGGGGGAGGGGGGCCCCAUCCUUUCUCUAGCUAUUCACAGAAUGCAUGCGAUCUUGCUGUGCAGCACUCCCCUGCUGCUGCUGCUGCUGCUGCUGCUGCUCUCUUUUCUUUCCCUCCUUCCUCUAUUGCCCCUUGUCUAUGCCAGCCCCAUCCUAAUGCUGAGUUGCUGCACCGUCAUCUGCAGCAGCAGCAGCAGCAGCAGCAUCAACAGGUUCCUCAGACACAGCAGCAGCAGCAACAGCAACAACAGGCACAUGGGCAACAUGUGUCCUGUCAAGCAGCAGCCACUGCAGCAGACAACAGCAGCAGCAGCAACAACAGCAGCAGCAGCAGCAGCAGUAAUAGCAGCAGCAGUAGUAGCAGCAACAGUAGCAGCCACCAUCAAUACCACCACCUCCUUGCAGCUUGGAUUUAA